AUGUCUCUAGCGAUUCCAAACGCGCCCAAUGCUGGCCUGUUUAAACAGGGCUAUACCAGCUACGACGCCGAAGAUGGCGCUGUUCUUCGCAAUAUAGACGCUUGUAGGACCAUUGCACAGACCGUCCAAACCUCCUUAGGGCCUUAUGGCCGAAACAAGAUUGUCAUCAACCACCUUCAGAAGAUGAUUCUUACUUCGGACGCCGCAACAAUCUUACGGGAACUAGAUGUGGUACAUCCUGCAGCUAAACUAUUAGUCAUGGCCAGCCAGCAACAAGAAUCAGAAAUGGGAGAUGGUACGAACAUGGUUAUUGUUUUCGCUGGGGAAUUAUUACGAAAGGCCGAAGAUCUUUUGCGGAUGGGAUUGAAAGCCAGUGAUAUUGUGCAGGGCUACGAGAAGGCUCAGGCAUUUGCUUUGGCCUGUUUAGAUGAUUUGGAGGUGGAUAGAUUAAAGGAGCUACGCUCCACAACCGAGCUAGGGAAGGCAUUGAAAACAGUGAUUGGGAGUAAACAAUGCGGUUCCGAAGACAUCCUAGCUCCUCUGGUCGCCGAGGCAAUCCUCGCUGUUAUGCCAAAAACUCCUGCUCAGUUUAAUAUUGAUAAUGUGCGUGUGGUUAAAAUUAUGGGUGGGAGUUUAGAACAGUCGAAGGUCAUCAAGGGUAUGGUAUUUGGUCGGGAACCAGAGGGCUCCAUUAAAAAGGCUAAAAAGGCGAAGGUUGGGGUUUUUAGCUGUCCGAUCGAUAUUUCACAGACUGAGACCAAGGGGACUGUCCUCUUGAAGAAUGCGCAAGAGAUGCUCAGUUUCACAAAGGGCGAAGAAGAUCGCCUGGAGGCUGCGAUUAAAGAAAUUUACGAUUCUGGAGUUCGGGUGCUUGUUGCGGGUGCGACGAUUGGCGAGUUGUCUCUACAUUACUUGAACCGGUUCAACAUUUUAGUGAUCAAGGUUCUUUCUAAAUUUGAGCUUCGCAGGCUGUGCCGUGUUGUUGGAGCUACUCCGCUUGCUCGGCUAGGAGCUCCCAUGCCCGAUGAGAUGGGUAGCAUCGAUGUUGUUGAAACCAUGGAGAUUGGAGGCGAUCGAGUGACAGUCUUCCGUCAAGAAGAUACUUCCAGCAUCACUCGAACGUCUACAAUCGUUCUUCGUGGAGCUACGCAAAAUCUUUUGGACGAUAUUGAACGUGCAAUUGACGACGGAGUCAAUGCUGUCAAGGCGGUUACCAAAGAUCCACGCCUUGUGCCCGGUGCUGGAGCCACCGAAAUCCAGCUCACAGAAAGAGUUUCCCAAUUUGCCGAUAGAACCCCAGGACUAGCUCAAUAUGCGAUUAGAAAAUAUGCCGAAGCGUUCGAAGUCAUUCCUCGCACGUUGGCCGAAUCAGCGGGUCUCAACGCUACAGAAGUCCUAUCCAGAUUAUAUGCCGCUCACCAACGACAAGACGAAUCCGCUGAUAGCAAAGCAGAGUCAGAAGAGUCAUCUGAAGAUGGCGAUGGAGAGGAGGAGGGUGAUAACGAUGACGAAUCGGAGGAGGAAGAGGAAGCAUACUGGACCACUGGAGUUGAUAUGCACGCAUCGACGCCUGCUGGCACCAUUGAUGCCGUGGAAGAGGAAAUCCUGGACCUCCUGGUGUCCAAGCAGUGGGCAAUUAAGCUUGCGACCGAAGCUGCUCGGACAGUGCUCAGUGUUGACCAGAUCAUCGUAGCCAGGCAAGCGGGCGGACCCAAGCCUCCGGGCCAGAACCCCAACUGGGAUGAGGAUUAA